CGUGCGCGUGUCCGUCAUCAGCAGACGGUUAUGCGGCGCAGAAAUCAAGGAGAAACAGCGCUGACUGAGCCGGAAAAUCGGAAGUGACUUUCAGCAGAGACAUACCUCAUUCGUUUUAAGUUUUUUUUUACUUGGUUCUGUGACCUGGCUGAUGAGAAACGCUUCAUAUGAGAAGAUGGCAAGCGGAUCAUACUGUUGAUAGUUCCAGGAGGUCAUCUGUUUUGCUCUUGUCUGGUCUGGCGUGUCGCUGUGGAGGAAGUGUCCGAGCCACAAGCUGAAGGUGUUUCAAGAAGCGUCAUUUUGCACAAGACAUUGUGUGUCUUCUCCCGUAGUCCAUCCUGCUGAGGAGCAGCUCAGGACAGCUCGGCAGCUCCCGGCUUGGGGCAAAGACAGCACCUCCACACUCCUGGCAAAAUGGUGCUGUCACAGAGGCAACGAGACGAAUUAAAUCGAGCUAUAGCAGAUUAUCUGCGCUCCAAUGGCUACGAAGAGGCUUAUUCUGUUUUUAAGAAGGAAGCAGAGUUGGAUAUGAAUGAGGAGUUGGAUAAGAAGUAUGCAGGCCUAUUGGAAAAGAAAUGGACUUCAGUCAUUAGAUUACAAAAAAAGGUUAUGGAGUUGGAGUCAAAGCUCAAUGAAGCCAAGGAAGAGAUCACUUUAGGAGGCCCUGUUAGCCAAAAGAGAGACCCCAAAGAGUGGAUUCCACGCCCACCUGAGAAGUAUUCCCUCAGCGGCCACAGAAACCCUGUCACACGUGUCAUCUUUCAUCCUGUGUUCAGCCUCAUGGUCUCUGCCUCAGAGGAUGCCACUAUAAAGGUUUGGGACUAUGAGGCCGGGGACUUUGAGCGCACACUGAAAGGUCACACUGACUCUGUGCAGGACAUCUCCUUUGACCAGACUGGAAAGCUGCUGGCCUCCUGCUCUGCAGACAUGACCAUCAAACUCUGGGACUUCCAAAGCUUUGAGUGCAUCAGGACCAUGCAUGGACAUGACCACAAUGUGUCGUCAGUUGCCAUCAUGCCCAAUGGUGAUCACAUAGUGUCUGCUUCCAGGGAUAAGACCAUGAAAAUGUGGGAGGUGGCCACUGGUUACUGUGUUAAGACAUUCACAGGACACAGGGAGUGGGUGCGUAUGGUGCGGCCAAAUCAAGACGGCACGUUGUUGGCCAGCUGCUCUAAUGACCAGACGGUGCGCGUGUGGGUGGUGGCCACCAAAGAGUGCAAGGCGGAGCUGCGGGAGCACGAGCAUGUGGUCGAGUGCAUCUCCUGGGCUCCCGAGAGCGCACACCCCACCAUAUCUGAGGCCACCGGCUCCGAGAACAAGAAAAGUGGAAAGCCAGGGCCAUUCCUGUUAUCCGGAUCAAGAGACAAGACCAUCAAAAUGUGGGACAUAAGUACUGGCAUGUGCCUUAUGACACUGGUUGGCCAUGAUAACUGGGUGCGUGGAGUGCUGUUCCAUCCAGGUGGAAGGUUUGUAGUGAGCUGUGCUGAUGAUAAGACCCUACGUAUAUGGGACUAUAAGAACAAGCGCUGCAUGAAGACCCUGAGUGCCCAUGAACACUUUGUUACCUCUCUGGAUUUCCACAAGACUUCUCCUUACGUGGUAACAGGAAGUGUAGAUCAAACGCUCAAAGUGUGGGAAUGUCGCUGAUUGCCAUAGGAUCCGCUCCUAUCCCUCCCAGUGCCACCUCUUUGGCUACUCUCAAACCUGCCCUUCAGGAUGCACUCAUUACUAUGGUUACCACCUCAUCCAGCUCUCUUCUUAUAACUAUUGUCCUUUUAUGUAAAUUACUCUGGCUGUAGUUUGAGCUUAUUAAAUGUUACACAAGACACAAGGAGAAAAAAAAAAGAAAAGUUAAAAGUAAAGCAAAUAUUCUUGCAUGGUGAAUCCAAAACUUGUAUACUGUAAAUUUUUUUGCUUCUCGUCAUCUAAAAGUACCUUAAGAAUAAAGAGCACAGGUGAUGCUCCAGCCUCAAGCGUUAAUGAGCAGAAGGCAGAAUGAUGCUGUUUGGGGAAUUCAGAAUGCAGGGCACUCAACUAUUUCAGUUCUGUCAGAUCAGUUUAGGUUUAUUUUCUUUUUGACAUGCCAAAUUGGCUUUACAGAAAGGAAUGAAAAAGAUGGUCAAAUUCUCUCCAUUUAAACUGAAGACAAACAAUUUGGUGCUAAAAGUAAUUUAACACCAAAAGACCCACUGCUUAAUUCUGCCACUUUAAAAUCCUAGAAAAACAUUCAUCACUUUAUCAAAGUGGUACAUAAUAGGAUUGUUUUGAGAAUAUAAGUUCAGUUCAUUUUAUUAGGCAGUUCUCAUUCACAGCCCAUCCAGACUCUCGUGCUCUUCAUGAAGUCAUGUUUGUCAAAUCAGCCUGGACAGUUUUGACCAUGAUUUACCAUGAUCAUUGUAUCCCACUAGAAAAGGAGUGCAGAAAAGGCACAGUAAGAAGACUAAUCACAAGGACAUGAAUCAGUAAGUGCACUUGUCUCUGGAGGAGAUAGAUUCACGCAGGGUUUACAUUUUGUUUCUGUUAUUUGUUUUUCUCUUUCUUUUUUUGUGUGUGUAGAAAAUAUAAUUCUGACACCCUCUGUUGCCAUCUUGGUUAUGGAGGACUUUGACACAAUUUAUGUACUGAUAGAGGGCAAAUGAUGUGCCAUUUAACUUUGGGUUCUGAACAAAACAUACUUUUGCAUAUUCACCAUUUUUAGAACUACAUAUUGAAUUAGUUAACUAUUACAGGGGCAAAGCACUGUACACAAAUGCAGCUGCACCUAAACAACUCACAGCUUCAAAAACGGUUAGUUAGCUAAUUACAAACUUCCAUAUUACCCAGCUUUCGUUCCGACCCAUGUUCUCCCAUUCUCAAAACCGGCAACUCCAGAGGGGCGUUCAAUCAUUAACAGUUUUCAGUUAGCCCCUCCUUACUAAACACUCAAAAUUAUUGUGAAAGCAUUACCAUUGCUUCAUCAUUUUGCUUCUCUGUACCAUCUGCUGUCUGUCCAUUCGUGCACACGUUUGUGAAGAGUUCUGGAGAUUCUGUGGUACUGCUCAGUGACUUUGUGCUGGAUGAGCUUUCUAGUCAGUCUCUCUUGAAUCGGGGAGCUUUUUGGUAUUUGCUUUGCAGAGGAAGAAAUUUAAAGUGUGACGCUCGCUGUUCUGGACCUUUUUGACUCAGCGUGGCUGUGUUUGAUGACGAAACCUUGAUGGUAGAUCAAUGUGCAAUAACUAAAGGCUGCUCUGUAUUAACUAUUAAAGGGAUAGUUGAGCCAAAAAUGAAAGUUCUGUGAUCAUUUACUCACCCUAAUGUUAUUCCAAACCCAUAUGUUGAGUACACGAUGAUCUAAUUUUCAUUUUUGGCUGAAAUAUUGCUUUAAAAAAAAAAAAAUGUAUGUAUUUACAUUAAACAUUUAUAGAAAGGUGGCCUCCUUUUAUAUAGUAAUUAUAUAAAUGUGGUGGACAAGAAUUGAGUUUGAAAAGUUCUCUACUGGCUAAGGCAACAAUUAGCAACUUUUAAGACUACAUCAGUGGUGAGUAGUUAACUGUGCUUGCUGGUCUGCAACGUACUGUUUUGAACAGAAGAGUCACGUGUGCCCAGUCACUGCCGUCCGUGUAUGUAGAAUCUAUGGAUGUGCGCGUGGACAUCACGGCUGUGUUGUGCAUACCGUGGGCUCUUGACUCCAGCUGUUCACUUUCUCUGCCUUGUUAAUGUAUUGAGAAUCCCCAAUAUCAAGGACUUCAUUCUGCUUUUUGUGGUCUCACUGUUGACACACACUUGUGCACUCACAUAAAUAAAUAAUUGUCCAUCAGUAUAUCUUGAUGUCAUUGUUUGCAGCAUAAUUAAAAAUAAUAAAAUAUCUGUAAAUAUAAACAA